UGCUGUCAGUGAGCAGGGGGAGGAGUUACGCGUUCACUGUGGAGCUGGUGUGCUCUGAGGAGGGAGAACGAGAGUGUAUGCCUGUGAAAUAUGCCGCUCGCUCAGCUGGUAGAUCUGUGGCCCGACGUGGAGCUGGUGCCAGAGGAAACUGAGAAUGGGCAUGCUGGCACAGAGGAUGCAGCGAAAUGUGCAAACAAGGAUGAGGUGGUAGUGAAGGAAAUCCCAAUUACACACCUUGUCAAAGAAGGCUCUGAGAAGGCCGAUCAGUCACACUUUGUCCUGCUUAAAGUCCUGGGACAGGGCUCUUUUGGGAAGGUAUUUCUGGUUCGGAAAAUCACCCCCCCUGACAACAAUCAGCUGUAUGCAAUGAAAGUGCUCAAGAAGGCUACACUGAAAGUGAGAGACAGAGUGAGAACUAAAAUGGAACGGGAUAUUCUGGCAGAAGUUAAUCAUCCAUUUGUUGUCAGGCUCCAUUAUGCUUUUCAGACUGAGGGGAAACUUUAUUUGAUCCUGGACUUCUUACGUGGUGGAGACCUCUUCACUCGUCUGUCAAAGGAGGUCAUGUUUACUGAGGAGGAUGUAAAGUUUUACCUGGCUGAGUUAGCUUUGGGUUUGGAUCAUUUACACAGUCUUGGAAUCAUUUACCGUGAUCUAAAACCUGAGAACAUCUUACUUGAUGAAGAAGGUCACAUAAAGCUAACUGAUUUUGGACUUAGUAAAGAGGCUAUAGAUCAUGAGAAGAAGGCAUAUUCAUUCUGUGGGACAGUGGAGUAUAUGGCUCCUGAGGUGGUGAAUCGUCAAGGCCAUUCACACAGUGCAGAUUGGUGGUCCUAUGGAGUUCUCAUGUUUGAGAUGCUUACUGGAUCCCUACCUUUUCAGGGAAAAGACCGCAAAGAAACAAUGACACUAAUCCUAAAAGCCAAAUUGGGGAUGCCUCAGUUUCUCAGCAGUGAAGCUCAGGGUUUGUUACGAGCUCUCUUUAAAAGAAAUCCCAUUAAUAGGCUAGGUUCUGGCACUGAUGGAGCAGAAGAGAUUAAGCGCCACCCAUUUUUUUCCACUAUUGAUUGGAAUAAACUGUACCGUCGAGAGAUCAGUCCGCCCUUUAAACCAGCAGUUUCACAGCCAGAUGACACCUAUUACUUUGACAAAGAAUUCACAUCGCGAACUCCAAAAGAUUCCCCUGGAAUUCCUCCCAGCGCAGGAGCUCAUCAGCUCUUCCGUGGCUUUAGUUUUGUGGCUCCUGUAUUGGGCGAGGUGGAUGGAAAAGACUCUACCCCUCCAGUACUUUCUGUACCAAAGAUAUACACUAAAAAUGCUGUAUUCAGUGAUGUCUACACGGUACGGGAGACUAUUGGCACAGGUUCCUACUCUGUAUGCAAGCGUUGUGUUCACAAGGGGACAAAUAUGGAAUAUGCUGUAAAGAUAAUAGAUAAAACCAAGAGGGACCCAUCAGAAGAAAUAGAGAUUUUACGCAGAUACGGUCAACAUCCCAACAUAAUUACACUAAAGGAUGUUUAUGAAGAGGGAAAUAGUGUCCACCUGGUGACAGAGCUUAUGAGAGGGGGAGAACUGCUUGACAGAAUUUUACGUCAGAAGUUUUUCUCUGAAAGAGAAGCCUGUGCUGUUCUCCUGACCAUCUGCAAGACGGUGGAAUAUCUUCACUCGCAAGGGGUUGUUCAUAGAGAUCUGAAACCAAGCAACAUCCUUUAUGUUGAUGAAUCUGGAAAUCCGGAAUCUAUAAGGAUUUGUGAUUUUGGGUUUGCUAAACAACUGCGUGCAGAAAAUGGAUUACUGAUGACGCCAUGUUAUACGGCCAAUUUUGUGGCCCCGGAGGUGCUGAAAAGGCAAGGAUAUGAUGAAGGAUGUGACAUCUGGAGUCUUGGAAUUCUCCUCUACACAAUGCUGGCAGGAUACACUCCAUUUGCUAAUGGCCCAGAAGACACACCAGAUGAGAUAUUAGCAAGGAUCGGAAGUGGAAAGUUUACUUUGAGAGGGGGAAACUGGAACACUGUAUCCGAAUCGGCAAAGGACCUGGUGUCCCGUAUGUUACACGUAGACCCUCAUCGCCGACUCACUGCACGUCAAGUUUUACAACAUGAGUGGAUCACAAAGCGAGACCUGCUACCUCAAAGUCAGCUGAAUAGACAGGAUGCACAGCUGGUGAAGGGAGCUAUGGCCGCAACAUAUUCUGCCUUAAACAGUUCUAAACCAGUUCCUCAGCUGCAACCGAUCAAAUCCUCCAUUCUCGCCCAGCGACGUGUCAAGAAGCUGCCCUCUACCACUCUGUAGCAGAGUUUCUCAUCUUCCAGAAUGAUUCUCCUAUAAUCAUGACUUUUGGUGGUGAUUUUUAACCGUUACCAGCUUUCAUCAACGGUGCAACGCCGUAUUUUACUAUGACCAUAAAAAGCUGUGUUCCUCCUGCAAACAUGGAUUCAGUAUAGCAUAGGCUUGCUGUGCUACUUUUCCUAAUACAGUAGCAGGAGAGUCCUAGGGCCAUGGCAUAUUGCCUAUAUGAAAACCGUACAAUCGUAAUGAUGAGGCAUACUUGAUUUUUUUGUUCUCACAGGAAGUGGCUAUUACUAUUGUUUAAACCAUUCUGUGCCACUCCUUGUCCCUUUGCAGCACUAUCUCAGGGCUGUCUGUACUCUUGCUGUCUGUGAUGGUAGAGACACUGCUAUUUUACUUGUGAAACUCUGAAAAAUUCUGAGUUUUAAAAAGCUGUUUUUGCCUUCUGCUUUGUGCUACAAAGACAAUUAUACCAUCAAAUACAUGACAUGUUCAUAAAAAUGCAUUUGGUGUAUUUAUAGACCUAAGGGCUCACUGUGCUUCAUUUAUUCUUGUGUUAUCUAGGGUUCUUUCCUGGUCAGGCACCAGGAAACAUCCUGUCCAGUACCUUUUGUGCCUGGCAAGGUAUAAGAAACCCCCCAGCUAUCAAAACCUACUAAACUUUAAAUAGUAAAUCAGAUACAAUAUGAAAUACAGUGGUGAUCUGUGGAAUGUGUGAAUGGAUGUUUGGGUGUGUGAAUGGUUGAUUUACAGUUAUACAAAGUAACACCAAUAUGUGAGAUUGGGAAGUGUAAAUUGUUAUAAGUUUAUACAUGUAAAUUCAUAGCAUAAAUCCUAUUUACUCAUCCAGUACACAUUUUUUUUUAUAAAUGGCAACAAAGGUUUUUUUUCUAUUUCAAAUCCAUAAGGCCUUCUCUUGACUGACUAGGCUUAGUAUUUAUUACUGAGCUUUUAAUAGCGGGAAACCCCUCUAGUAAAUGCAUGUCAUGUUUCAGAUUUUUAUUGGUUAACUUGCAAGCUUCUGUACAUAUAAAUGUUUCCGGUGUUAUGACUCCAAUGCAUCCAGUGGAUCCAAUGCACAAUUGUUUACAGACAAGUCAGACUGUCUAUGCUGUGAGGCUGAAUGAUGCAAACCUGUGGAUAGCAAACACAGAGCUAUUCAUUACUUCUCAACAUUGAAAUGUUCAUUUUAGAAAGUAACAUAGUAAAAUUAGUAGCAGGUUGCUGUGGACUAUACCACAUUUCCCACAGUAACCUAUGCCACCCUUUUACAUUGCUCUAAAGAGCUAAAUGCUUUUUAUAUUUCUGGUUCCCUUUAGUGGGGAGUAACUGCAAACGCGCAUCCAAUACUUCACCAGGGACCAAAGCCCCUGAUCUUGAAGAAGUAGGACUCUUGAGAUAAGACAAUUCUUGCAUAUCUAUAUAAAAUGCCAUAAAAGUGUAUGAUGAAAAAAGUCACUUAAAAUGGGUUCCACAGCAUUGCACCAUGUUACAUAAAUAAUUUAGCAAGAAAAAUAUUGAAACCAAGACCUUAGUCAUUUUAAGGCAUUUUCCCAUAAUAAAGUCUCGUGAGAUCUUUCAGGUGUAUUUGCAUAUGGUUAUUUUGUUGGUGUAGUUUUUUCUUAAUAGAUCUGCAAAUUAUUACUUGUAAGGAGCAUUGUCUAGUUUGUGGGUUUUGGCGCUACUGUGAAUUUUGUGUUCUUGUCUUUAUUCUACUGUGCUUUGUAGUCCUUUUCACUAGGAUAAAAAAGGGAUAUUAAAUUACAUAGAACUGCUUUCUUUAAAGGUAAUUCAUGUGGCAAAAUGUAUGCCUCUUGAGCAUAUUUACUGUUUUUUGUGACCAUGAUAUUUUAGCUGAGUCCAUGGGAAAAACUGCUGUGCUGGCAAAAUUCGCUGCAUUUGGCACAUGGAUUAUUUUACAUACAUAAAGCAGUGUGAUCAUUAAGUAGAGACGAAAGCAUAGCCCAGCCCUGCAUAUGGAUGCUGAAAAAGAUGCCAAGGUUGGCUAUCCUUAAUAGAAGACUUUUAUGUAAAACUAUUAUGUAAUAAAAUAUUUUUAAAGUGUAUGUACUAGUGGUAUACUUUUUCAACUAUACAGUACAAUGUGGCUGUGUGCACACAGUAUUUUGAACUUUCAAAAAAAAGUUGACUUUUACAUGUAAAACAAGUCUUUAAACUUUUAAAUGUUAUAGUUCUGCCAUUUAGAGCUUUUUUUAAACCAUUUCUUUCCUGAUAUUUUAUUUAAUUUUUCAUUUUUGGUACCACAAUUGCUGAUAUGAAAUUUACAAAGCAGGUGUUCUUUUGGAAUGUUUUUAUUUAACAAAUGGGAAAAAAAAAUCACUAAAUGGAUUUUUUUGUUUUAUAGACAAACAUAGCCCAAAGGAAGUCUUUCUUACUUACAUGUCUGUAAUUUCAUACUACACUUGAAGUGACAAAGCCCUCUGAAUUCAGUGCAGUUAAAUGAGUACAAAGGUAGGUUUGGGAUUUUUUCAAGAUUUUGGGGCCAUUUCACACUUCAAAAUGAGUCCCCAAAACAGUAUAUGAAUAUAGCCUAAAGCUUUACUUAUAUUUAGGCAUUUUAUGACUUGCAGCCGAUGGAGAACACAUGAUUAAGGCUAAUAAAAACACUUU